AUGUCGAUAUCACUAGACCAGUCGGCAGACGCCGAAUUCGUUCGGUUUAUUGCACGCGUUUGCGGCGUAAAUCUAGGUUCAGCUGGCUCUGGACGACUGCGUGUGCGCUUAAGUAAGACUAUAGAGAUUUAUGAGCCCUCCACUAUCUCCAAGUAUCUCGCGCGUUUCGCUGAUCGCGAGGAUGAGCUUCUCGGUCAAACUCCGUUUGAGCGAGCUCAAGUGGCCAUGUGGAUUGCAUUUGCACGAGGGAUUCAACGCUGUUCGCCAUCAAAUGCGUCGACAUUUUGGCAAAUUCUGGAGGCUUUUUUGAUUAAGAAAACAUACCUGGCGGCCGACCGCUUGACGCUUGCGGAUGCUUCGGUUUUUUAUGCACUCCACGCGGCUGUAAGCAGUUACUCACCGACUCAGCGUGAUCAGUUUGCCAAUCUCGUGCGCUGGUUUGACCAGGUGCAGCACACGGCGGGCGUGCAGGGAUUUCGCAACUUUGACGUCAUAGAUCUACCACCAAACCGCAUCGCCUUCACGUCAUGA